AUGAUUGCUUAUGUGGGUGACUUCGGGUUAGCAAGGUUCCUCUCUGACGUUCCUCAAACCAGCUUGGUCGGCGUGAAGGGAUCUACUGGGUACAUCGCUCUAGAGUAUGCGAUGGGUGCUAAAGCAUCUACACAAGGCGAUGUUUACAGCUAUGGAAUCCUUCUAUUGGAGAUGAUACCCGGAAAGGGGCCAACUGAUGACAUGUUUAAAGAUAAUCUAAGCCUUCGUCAUUUUGCUAAGUUGUCAUUGCCCAAACGAGUGAUGGACAUUGUUGAUCCAGUUCUCUUAGAAGAAGCCAAAGUUAGUCAAGGCAGCGGAAAUCAUACUAACACAAGAAAAAGAAUGCAUGCUUGUUUAAUUUCAAUGGUCAGAAUUGGUGUGUUGUGUUCUGCAAACUCUCCAAGAGAUAGAAUGGAGAUGAAAGAUGUGGUCACAGAAAUGCACGCAAUCAAGGAUUUAUAUCUCGGUGUCAGGAUUCAUCAAGAUGAACAAGUUAUGUCACAACUGUCAGGUGAAGAUCCAUCUUACCUCAGUUAUUACUGA